AUGGCAUACUCUCCCGAGAGACUCGUGCAGGCCCAGCAGCUCUUUGACCGUAGCACGGGCAAUUUCUGCAUGCUCCCACACCUCUCUGGCCCAUAUCACUUGCGAGAGCGUGCCUGCAAGCGUGCCGCUGUCGUUGCAUCGUGGCAUGACAACGACGAAGAUGAAGACUACAAGCCUUCCAGCGAGCGAACACCGACCAAGCGCAAGCUAUCUCUUUUCCAUGAGGGUGACCAAGAUCCUCGGUCCGACAAAAAGGCCAAGAGUUUGUCUCCAACUUCUACGUUACGUUCAAGACUGAGCCCAGACACGGAAGAAGAAGCCUCUGUGGCCCCUUCCACACCCUCACACAGUGAGCCCGACCGCUGGGACAGAUACUGGGCCGUCAAUCCCGAGACAGACACACCAAAUUCACGCUACAGCCUUCGACGCCGCAACAAGGACUCGCUGUCAGAAUCACCACGAAAGAAAGACACAACCAUGGUCGAGGCCGAGGCAUCAAAGCCGGCCGGGCAUGUCUCGCCUGCUGAGAACGAACUUCCUAUUAGAGAAUGCGCUGCCUGUCAAGAACUAGGCCUAGAAUGCUCGCUUGCAUCUGACCCAGAUCUGUUCGCCUAUCCUUGCACAACAUGUGAAAUCGAUGAUGUCUUUUGUGUCGUGAGCCCCCCACCCAAAUGGAAGCGAUUAUGCGAGAGUUGCAAAGGUCGGAAGAAAGAUACUUGUUCAUAUCGCUACGCUGAUUACGACCAUUCCCAACCUUGCCUUGCAUGCCGAAAUCAGGGGUUCGAAUGUGUUGCUGGGCCAGCUAGACACCGACCCUUGGCACUCUUUUCCACGAUUGAACCAAGUGAGCCAAGCGAGCCAAGCAGUCCUCCCAAGAUUGAUUCUCCAGCAACCUCCAACUCAGACCAUGGCACCCCAGCACUCGACGUCCCUGAGGGGUCGAAGCCGAGCGAACAACUCAGUUCCCCAAAGAUCGAUUCUCUGGCACGCUCCAACUCACCACAGGACACUCAAGAAAUCCAGAUCUUUGAGCUAUUCAAGCCGAGUGAACAACUCAGUUCCCGAAAUAUCCAACCAAAUCUCCAGAUUCCAGAGAACAAAGCCGCGAAGAACGAUUCUUCGGAGCUUUCUACUCCUCCAUUGAGCAACGCACAGCUCCCCGUUGUCGAGGGACCGAAGCCACAUGAGGUGAUCGUAAUCCCUGAUUCAGACAAUGACAACCCGAACACCCCGAACACCUCGGAGAGACAGGACUCACCGAUUUAUAUUUCUGACUCCCUUGAGUCACCUACCCACGACACUGUCUCCAAUACUAUUGCUUUGCAGUCCGCAAACGCCCACCGAAUAUGGACUGAACUUGUUCAUCCUGUGCAGUUUCUUGCAGAUAACAGGGAAGGAUUCCCCCCUUGCAACUGGUGCAACAACUUUGCGUAUGGUGUCAAUGGGCUCGGUCCUCGUAACCCAGAGGUCUGGAUCUUUGGUAACGGCACCAUCGUUGAGCUUCAGGAUGGCCAUACUGCUGAAGGAAAAGAGCAGAGCCGGAUGUGUGUCCCAUGUACAUGGAAUCGAGUCAAAAUAAUACAAUGCUCCCACGACACUCUCGAUCUACUACCGGUGCCUAUGUCAACGCAAGACGAAGUACGCGCUGAUGCUUCCAUACUUCUACAGGAAGCAAAUGAAGCUCUGAUUGACCCCAAGACUGGGAAGGCUGGCCCUUCUUACCCAUCUCCCCCCUACCAAUGGUGCAGUUUGUGUCGAGAGCCUGCAUUCGGGUCUUGCCAGGCGGUUCAGCCAGUCGAUGCCUAUGCAGAGGUGGUUGACUGUGAUAAAGAAUCCCGUGGGUGUGGACUGAUGCUCUGUGAGAACUGUCUCCACCUCACCAAGCGAUUCGAAGGUGACCUCAAUGCUGUCAUUAUGUGGGGUCGCAAUGGCCCCAGCCCUGUAUCCUACCGGGCUGAUGUGGAGUUCCUCCUCUCCGGAGCGGAGAACAACAACAUGUACAAGCUUUACCUGGAGGACCAUUUUCUGCCAGUCGAAUUCGUUCACAACCCAAAUCCCCUUGUACUUCCACCAAAAGGAAGUAAGGGUGCUGCUUUGAUCCCAUCUUCUAUUUUCCCCUGGUUGCCCCGAGCUGCGACACGAGGUGCGCAGCUCAUCGCCACGACGUCUUCACCAAAGAGACGAAAAGUUUCCCCAGAGCCUCGCACCAGUCCAGGCCUUCGGGCUCGACGUCACGGCCGCUCCGAACCUCCACACUCUCGCCACACAUCUUCCUCUUCUUCCCGUGGCCAGAGUUCGUCGUUGUCCCCGCCUCGCUACGUGCCUGCGCAUCUGCAGUUUCAGUCCGGAAGCCCGCCUGGCCGCUCGCUCACCCCCGCGACCGCGACCGCCGGACUAUCCCUCUCCAGCGACCAUUCCGAUAUGCCCUCCGAUACUCGAGAGGGUACACCUCCAACUCAUGGACGAUCCCCUUCUCCCGGCGACAAGCGCCCGGCAUCCGAGAUUACCGAUUCAGACCCCGAAGGAGGCGUGAGCACUGUCUCCAAUAACACGCGCACAUACAUUAUUCCCCGCACAUGCGACGGCACCAACGAUGAAUCCACGAAUCCCACCACCUCGAGCAAUGACAAGACUGAGACCGCAUCCUCGGCCGGCGAGCCGUCUAGACCAGCAUCGCCCAAAUCAGAGGAUAUUCCUACGAUCGACGAGCAGGUUGCUGAGGUGAAUGCGCUGAUGACGGCGCCGUUGAAAGAGGGACAAAAGGGCUUUGUUGUUUCCAUGGCUUGGCUGAAGAAGGUGCUUGCACGCACUACGGCUCAUGCGGACCACACUGACAAAGGAUCGUUGGAGGGCGACAUUGGUCCCGUCAACAACCUGAACAUAAUGCUCGACACCGACCCGGCCACGCCCAACUUCAAAGACGAAACUGGUGAAACUUUUGUGCCCAUGCGCCCUGGUUUGCACGACGCUCUUGAUUUUGCGAUAAUUCCGCAACAUGGCUGGGACCUAAUCCAGAAGUGGUACGGCCUCGCCGACCAGUCACCUGUGAUCAUUCGCUACGCUCACAACACCAACCAACCUGUUGAUACUGAAAAAAUCGAAUAUGAGACUUACCCUCCGAUUUUCACCAUUUUCAAAUUGGCUAACCCUGCUGCGGGUACCACACCGACAAUCUUGAGACAAACCGUCAAGCAGUCUGUCAAGAUCCUGGCCAGUCGCCAGACAAAUUACCAAAAAUGGCUGAAGGAUGCCAAAGAACAGGCUGGUAUCGAUAUGUCCACCAAAGUACGUGUUUGGAAAAUUCUUCAGCUUCCUACUAGCACCGCUCCAUCAGCUUCGGCAACCCCAGCUGCCUCCCGCAGCCAAUCGCCAGCUCCUCCAUUGGCUCUGAUCUCGAACCCCAACGACAAACUCCUUUUUGAUUUGAACGCUUUUCUCGAUCUUCCAGAGGGAAGCCACCGGGUGUUGCUUGACAAUGUCAAGGAUCAAACCCAAAAUGCAAACUACAACGGUCGUAUGACCUUGGAUAUGGCUGGUCUCAGCGUGGCGAAUUGUGUUAUUCUUGAGGAACAGGUCAGCGGCUCCAGAGGUGGAGAAUGGGUGUCCGAAGCCUCUGCCAAAACUCUCAAGAGUCUGGGUAUCCCUGUGGACCAGCCGAAGAACGAUGCUUCUACCAAAGCAUCUGCCGCUAAAGUCGCACUGAAGAGCGCACAACCCAGUGGAAGGUCCGCCCCUACCCUGCAACCCGAUCCAAUCAGGGGACUCAUAUCUCGUGGUCGGAAGGGCCGACAGCUCAUCGUGGGACUGCAAAACCUUGGCAACACUUGUUACAUGAACUCCGCGUUGCAAUGUGUCCGAAGCAUUGAGGAGUUGUCUUAUUACUUCCUGAGUGGAUUGUACAAACCAGAGCUCAAUCCUACCAACGUCCUGGGAUGUGGCGGCACCAUUGCCAAGCAAUGGGCCAACUUGCUUCAGGAGCUCUACAAAUCUGACCCUCAGCCGAGAUCUGUGAACCCCUACCGGUUCCGUGCUGCCGCUGGUCGGCAACGUGAAGACUUUGCUGGCUACGAGCAACAUGACAGUCAGGAAUUUGUGAUGUUUCUCCUUGACGCGCUGUCGGAAGAUCUAAGCCGCAUUGUUGGCAGCAAGCCAGCCACGGUCAUCCCUGAUUCCACUGAUGAGAUGAUACACGAUCGCAAGGCUCUUGAAGACUUCGGAAAGAAGUGUUGGGAUCUCUAUGAGGCUCGCAACGCCUCCGUUAUCACCGACCUGUUUGCCGGAAUGUACAAGUCAACACUGAUUUGCCACAAUUGUGAAAAGACCAGCAUCAUCAUGGACCCUUUCACAAUGGUCACUGUGCCGAUCCCAAGGGGUCCGACCCUCAUCAAUCGAACGAUUAUCUUUUACCCUCUUGACGGCCCACCCGUAUCUCUGAAAGUUCGGCUUGAUGAAAACGAUACUCUGAAGGUCUGGAAGGACUUCGUUGCCGAAAAGAUGGGAAUUGAUGGGGAACGAAUCUUUGCAGCAGAGACAUUGCACAAUUCCUUCUGGCAAACCUUUUGCGACGAUGACGAUACUUUCGGCAGUCUACGCAUUAGCCAAGAAGACACUAUUGUGUUCUAUGAUCUUGGUCCUCUUCCGGAAUCUACUAAUUCCGCUGACUCUGCCUCCGAUGACGACGCAGUCCUUGUACCCGUCUUCCACCGCAAACUUGUUCCGCGAAGGAACAGAGAGGCUACUCGUGAACUUUUCGGAAUCCCCUCCUUCAUACGUCUUUCUGGUGAAGAAACUCAAGAUCUCGAGGCGAUUUACCGCAAGCUCCUGACUCAGGCCAAUAACAUGACUACACACGACAUUCUAGCUGCUGAAGAAAACAGCCACGACGACAAUGCAACUGAUGACUCUGACACCGUGGUCACAAACGAGGAUGACGCACGAUCAGCAGAUUCCCGGAUCAAAACAUCUUCUGUUGACGGCGAAGACAGUAUCGUCGACAUUUCCAUGCAAACUGAGCAAGCGCCCAAGCCUGCAGAGGACAUUGAUGAGUCGGACUCUGACUCUGACUCUGUCAAGUCCCCCCAGCAUCCUCUUGUUGGCAAGAUUCCUGCCAAGUUGUUGUCACUCUUUGAUGCAACUGUCAUGAGCACAAAUGCCACUCUUCCUGAUGGACGCAACAUCUCCACGACCAAGAACUACCCCUCUAUUUCCUCUCGCAUCCAACCCCCUCCCACUUCUACUAAGGGAUCCGAUGAUGAUGCUUCAUCCAAAAGCUCCGCAGGUGACAACGUGGAUGAUCACAUCGAUACAGAUGAAUCAGAUGUGACACCAAACCCAGCACCAUCGCUCCUUCGCCAAGGUGAUGCCAUCCUGCUUGACUGGACUCCUGGUGCCUUUGAUUCGCUUUUCGGCGGCAAGCCACAUGACUCCGAGGAGCUCCGUGGUCGCCCUACCUACAUGAACAUCAGAAAUGUGUUUGAUCACACCAUGACGGUAAGCCAGAAGAAGCCGAAGCAAGGAAAUGCCUCUCUCGACCAAUGUCUGGACGAGUUCAGCAAGGAGGAAAUUCUUUCUCGGGCAGACAGCUGGUUUUGUCCUCAGUGCAAGACCCACGUUUCGGCCACCAAGAAGUUUGAGCUGUGGAGAACCCCGGAUAUUAUGGUCGUUCAGCUCAAGCGGUUUAGUCAAUUCCGCGGCAGGAACGGACACAAGAUCAGCACUGUCAUCGACUUCCCCUUCGAGGGACUGGAUCUGAGCAGCCGAGUGGAAGGCCCCAUGGACGGAAAGAGUGCGGUGUACGAUUUGAUUGCUGUCGAUAACCACAUGGGUGGAAUGGGUGGUGGUCACUACACUGCCUACAUCAAGGACUUUGUGUCUGGUGCCUGGGUCUACUGCAACGAUACCUCUGCGACGACUGUUACAAACAUGCAGUCGAUCAUCACGUCGGGUGCCUACCUCCUGUUCUACCGCCGUCGCUCCGACCGUGCAUUGGGCAACCGGGAGCUGCGGGAGCUGGUUGAAGGCUACCGGAACCGCGAGGCCAGUGUUUCUGGCAGUUCCUCCGGCUCCCGCAGCCCCGGUGGUUCCCAAUCACUUUCUGAGGACGGCGGUCGUGUCCUCGGCGGCGCACCCCGCAAGGACUCUGCCUUGGCCGGGGCAGGGGUGGCACCCCGAGUGAGCCGGGGGCAAGACUCCCUCGGCAAUGACCUGUACUCUUCUGCCGGGGAGAGUACUUCGGGCUCCGAAGACGGUGGCAGCGAAGGUAAGAAAAUCGGCUUCGAGCACGAAAACGGGGGAUCGCAGGUCGACUCCCUCAGCAAGCUCACGGAACCCUCUUGGUCGUUCGACGCCGCUCACGACAUCUCACAGAUUACCGGUGGUAACGCUGCGACCGAACAUGGCGUCUUUGAGGGUCGAUGUCCAUGGGGUGAUGCCAUGGACAUCGACCCUCAGUUUCAGUUUGGUCUCACUUCUGGGGGUGAGGGGGAGGAUUCCUCCGAUGAUCUCCCAGUCGUGGAGCUGCGUGUGGGGUCCGAGGACAUGAUGUCCUCGGACCCAUAA